AUGCCUUCCCUCACCACCAUCAACCUCGGGCGCGACAUCGCCAUGGAAGUCCUCGCCAUAGAGGCACAUCAGAACCGCCUUCGGGCACUACAAGGAGAAGAGGCUACGGCCGACGAGGAGACGAUUUCCGGUGAGUUGUUGCUUUGCGUGCAGCGAUUUGAAGCGUUUUUGGAGAGAUGGGAUGGUGAGGUUUUGGGGUUGGAGGACGAGGAGAAGGGAGAAGAGGGAGGAGAGGAGAUGGAGGAGGGAGAGGUGAAGGAGGACGAGAUGGAGGUCGACAAAGAUUCGCCUUCACCACCACCACCACCACACGGGCCCGAGCACCCAUGGCGCCUCGACGCCACCGCCAUCGCCGCCAUCAGCGUAGGCGACAUCGGAUGGGCGCCACUCCCCCGCAUGGCAGCCACCUCGCGCGACUGGUUCGUCCCGUCGCAGUACGGCCAGAUCGUCAUCAAGGUCUAUCCGUUCAUCAUCGUCAAGAAGAUGGACGACUGCAUGAUCGGCAUGCCCAUCACAACCGCCGGAGGCAACGGCCUCACCAACAAGAUGGAGUCGCUUCGUGCGCGCAGCACGUACGUCGUUGGAGCCAAUUUCCGCGGGAAGAACGAUGUCUCUUACGGAUGGGGCAUGGGGCCCAAGGAGAUGAAUCUGGAGGUGGACCAGACGGCGGGGGCGUAUGAGCCCAGGGCUGGUGCGUUUGUCGAUGUCCUGGAUACGUACCAGAUCCCGUACAACACGAGGUGGAAGGCAGAGGGGCGCCUGACGUACACCAGCCGGGUGGACUUGCUUCGGAUGAGGCAUGCGGUGUUGGAGAAGGAUGCGCUUGAGUGGAGGGGUUGA